AUGUCACGCACACGCUGAGCUCGAGCCUGGCGCACACGCUGCGCGUCCGGACUUCUUGGAGAAAAGAGGUGGUACAGGGAGGUGCGCGCGCGCGCGCGCGCGAGGAGGAGCUCGUGGAUGUGUCCAGCAUGAGGGGACGGAGCUCUUCGUGACCGUGGUCCUCCUGCGGUGGAGGUGUGAUGAAGCUGUGCUGCUGUUUAACGCCCGGUUCCCGCGCGGUUGUGUGUUCCAGACCCUCAUCUACAGCAUCAUGGUUGUUGUUGUGUCGGUGGCACUCGGUGGCCCGUCUCUCCUCCUGCUCCUCCUGGCCGAAGCGCUGUCCUCCGACACCGGUGGAGGCGGCCACGCGCGCACGGACAUGCAGCGCGAGAUCCUCUCCAUCAUGGGGCUGCCGCAGCGCCCGCGGCCGCGCGUCCACGAGAAGCGCGACGCCGCGCCCGCGUUCAUGCUGGACCUGUACAAUGCCAUCUCCACGGCCGGGCAGGACGAGGGACCCCCGCUGGGGUCUGUGCCCGACCCCAAUCUUCUGAAGAACACCGACAUGGUGAUGAGCUUCAACAGCCUGGUGGAUCAUGACAAGGAGAUCUCCACUUUUCCACACUACCGGGAGUACCGCUUUAACCUGUCGAACAUCCCAAAGGGUGACGUCCUCACGGCUGCUGAGUUCCGCAUCUACAAAGACUUUGUUCACGGAUACCCGGAGAAUGAAACCUUCCAUGUCAGCAUCUUCCAGGUGCUGCAGGAGCAGCCUGACAGGGAACUGGACUCGCUGCUUGUGGAUUUGCGGCUUACUUGGGCUACAGAGGAAGGCUGGCUGGUGUUUGACAUCACUUCCACUGUCACCCAGUGGAUUCUCCAUCCAGAGCAGAACCUCGGCCUGCAGCUGAUUGUGGAGACCAGCGAUGGCCACAGCGCGAACCCCGGUACGGCAGGACUGUGGGAUGGCCGCGGCAUCCAGAGCAAGCAGCCCUUUGUGGUAGCUUUCUUCAAGGCUGCUCAGGUGCAAACACGUAGCACCCGCUCCACAGGCCCCAGACAGCGGGGUCCCGCUCGAUCCAAGAGCUCCAAAGGCCAGCAGGCACUGAGGUUCACCAGCAGCUCAGGAAACAGCAGCACUGACCAAAAGCAGGCUUGUAAGAAGCAUGAGCUUUUUGUGAGCUUCCAGGACCUGGGCUGGCAGGACUGGAUCAUUGCCCCAGAGGGAUAUGCAGCAUAUUAUUGCGAUGGCGAGUGUGCCUUUCCUCUUAACUCCUACAUGAACGCCACUAACCAUGCCAUUGUGCAAACACUGGUCCACUUCAUCAACCCAGAGGUGGUGCCCAGGCCCUGCUGCGCUCCCACCCAGCUCCAUGCCAUCUCCGUACUCUACUUUGACGAUAGCUCUAAUGUCAUCCUGAAGAAGUACCGCAACAUGGUGGUGCGAGCCUGCGGUUGCCAUUAAACCACCGCUGUUCCUAGGAUGCAGCUGCAUAGCGUGGGGCCCAACAGCAGCCUCCGUGCUCCACAUUGACUGUUACCCAAGGUGCAUCGUUUUCAGUUUUGCUGGAGCUAUCCCAGGAGAAACCUAGUAGUACACACGUGCCGCUGAAACUAUGAGACUAAGAGGCCUUGUUUAGUUGUGGGGGAGCAGCUGAUUUGGUUCUGAAUAUUUUGGAUAUUCAGUCAAUUGCUCUCGGUAGUGUGGAGAGGCUGUUCCAAGGACGGGGCUGUUUCCUGAGCAAAAAUCAGUUUCACUACAAUGAUCUGCACUAGGCUGUGAAGCUUAGGGUGCUUAGUUUGUCUACAUCUAUUAUCUGACUAAGUAAAAAGAGGAAGACAAGCUGUGGAAUGUGCUUCUAACACUCCAAAAACCGAAAAUGUGAACUGUACUGCGUUAUUUAUCUGCAGACUACGCGCCCAGGGGAAGUUGCCCUCCACAGAUGUUUUUCUCUUGGCUCAGCUUCUCCUUACUCAGCUGGUUGACAGAAAGCAGCGCUGCUCUUCUGCCUGUGUGCUCCGCCUGGCCUCCUCAAAGCCUGGAAUGAGCUUGUGCAUCCAUCAUCCCCUGGGCAGCAGGCAGCACAGUGGUUGAGGAGUUGGACAAAGAGGGCUGUGAAUGGACACUUAUGAACACUGAUGCCACCGACAUGGAUUCUGAUGUCCACAGAGAUUUUUAUUGGUGUUUUGUGGUUCUCCACUAAUCCGAAGCGCAACCGUCCUUCAAUUCCACAGGCGAGGGUGGUGUUCGCCAUGGAGAGACUGCUAGUGAGAAGACACAUAGCCAGCCUCCAACACACGUGCCUCAUCGCUGGAGCGACUCCUGACGUUCACUGACACAGCCAGGGUGGAGACCACCAGAGAGCUUUUCCUUCGCCAUGAUGUCAUUUCUCAAUACUUCAGAGGUUGACCUGGUUCUGACAAGUGCUGGGUUUCUAAAUGUCAUGCUAGGAGGAACACCCACUCAGUGCUUCUGAAGUGAACUGUGCUGGGAUGAGAAAAGGUAGAAACGUGUUUAUAGACAAACGCUUUAGCGAUGCUUUUGGGGACCACUUUCCUCUUUCAGAUAUU